CUGCACAGACGCCGAGGUCCCGCUUGUACUCACCCAGCCAGCAGCGGCGGAGGUCGGGCCGGAGUGCGAUCGCUGUCCGGAGCGCAUAGAUGUGCAGAACCCCUGGAAUAACCGAGCGCUGGAGAGGCCGGAACCGAGCACCGUGGAGCACCGCGUUCGUAUAGCCGCCGAAAGGGAGCGAGCCACGGCCACAGCAUGGCGGUGGAAGAGGAAGGUCUCCGGGUUUUCCAGAGCGUUAAAAUAAAAAUAGGAGAAGCAAAAAACCUCCCUCCUUACCCGGGGCCCAACAGGAUGAGGGACUGCUACUGCACCGUCAACCUGGACCAAGAGGAGGUCUUCAGGACCAAGAUUGUGGAGAAGUCACUCUGUCCGUUCUACGGGGAGGAUUUCUACUGUGAGAUCCCACGAAGCUUCAGACACCUCUCCUUCUACAUCUUCGACAGGGACGUGUUCAGGAGGGACUCCAGCAUCGGCAAGGUUGCAGUGAAGAAAGAGGACCUGCAGAAAUAUCACGGCAAAGACACCUGGUUCCAGCUACAACCUGUCAGCGCUGACUCAGAGGUGCAGGGAAAAGUGCACCUGGAGCUACGUCUGAGUGAAGUCAUCACAGACAGCGGAGUCAUCAGCCAUAAACUAGCCACACGAGUGUUGGAGUGCCAAGGUCUUCCAAUAGUCAAUGGCCAAUGUGAUCCGUACGCUGCUGUUUCCUUACUCGGACCCUCAAGGUCAGAUGCCAAAAAGACCAAGGUGAAGAGGAAAACCAACAAUCCACAGUAUGAGGAGGUUUUCUAUUUUGAGGUGACACGACCAUUAAGUUACACGAAGCGACAGUUUGAUGUCGAAGAAGAGGACGUUGACAAACUGGCGCUGAGGGUGGAUCUGUGGAACGCCAGCAACUUGAAGUUCGGGGAUGAGUUCCUGGGAGGAGUGCGGGUUCCUCUGCGAGUCCUGGGUCAGGUCGGGGUUCACGACGCAUGGUACUAUCUCCAGCCGAGGGAGAACGGAGGGAAGUCAGUGAAGGUGGAGGAGCUCGGCUCUCUGCGUUUGAACAUCGUUUACACCGAGGACCACGUCUUCCCGUCCGAACAUUACACUCCUCUCAGAGAUCUGCUGCUGUACUCUGCUAUGGUCCAGCCCGUGUCAGCGUCCACCGCUCAUACCCUGGGGGAGGUGUGUCGAGAAAAGCAAGAAGCCGCCAUCCCCCUCGUGCGUCUCUUUCUUCAUUACGGCAAGAUCGUGCCUUUCAUCAGCGCCAUCGCUCACGCUGAAGUCAACCGCACACAGGAUCCAAACACCAUUUUCCGGGGAAACUCGCUGACUUCUAAGUGCAUUGAUGAGACCAUGAAGCUGGCAGGAAUGCACUAUCUGCAGGUCACACUUAAACCCAUCAUAGAUGAGAUCUGCACAGAACACAAACCCUGUGAAAUCGACCCGGUGAAGCUCAAAGAGUCGGAGAACCUGGACACUAACAGGGAAAACCUUCGUCAGUAUGUUGACCGCAUCUUCAACGUCAUCACCACCUCUGGCGUUCGCUGUCCCACCGUCAUGUGCGAUAUCUUCUUCUCUCUGAGAGAGUCCGCUGCCACUCGUUUCCAAGUCGACCAGGAUGUACGAUACACAGCAGUGAGCAGUUUCAUUUUCCUGCGUUUCUUUGCUCCAGCCAUCCUCUCCCCCAACUUGUUCCAUCUACGGCCGCACCAUCCAGAUCCCGGCACCUCACGAACCCUGACCCUCAUCUCCAAGACGAUCCAGACCCUGGGAAGUCUCGCUAAGUCUAAAUCUGCCAACUUCAAAGAGUCUUACAUGGCUGCGUUUUACGACUACUUCAAUGAGCAGAAAUAUGCGGACGCUGUGAAGAAUUUCCUGGACCUGAUCUCCACAUCUGGCAAAUGGGAUCAGAAGAGCAUUGAAACACCCAUCAUGCUCAAAGAGGGGAGUGUAAAACUCACUAUAAAGAGGGUUGAUGGGAAAGGGUCAAAAGGCACAAAGGGCAGAUUUAUGAUAAAGAGAGCACAGGGGAGAAACAGGUUUGGAAUGAAGAACUUCAAAAAGAGAUGGUUUCGCCUCACGAACCACGAGUUCACCUACCACAAGACGAAAGGUGAGGGUGCUCUGUGCAGCAUUCCCAUAGACAACAUCCUGGCUGUAGAGCGGCUGGAGGAGGAGUCUUUCAAAAUGAAAAAUAUGUUCCAGGUCAUUCAGCCAGAGCGAGCCCUCUACAUCCAGGCCAACAACUGUGUGGAGGCGCGCGACUGGAUCGACAUCCUGACUAAAGUCAGCCAGUGCAACCGCAAGCGCCUGAGCACCUACCAUCCCUCAGCCUACCUCAACGGCCACUGGCUCUGCUGCAAGGUCUCAGCGGACACAGCCACGGGAUGUACGCCAUGCACCGGCGGCCUCCCGGCAAACAUUCAGCUGGACGUGGACGGAGACAGAGAGACUGAGAGGAUUUACUCCCUGUUCAGCACGUACAUGACCAAACUGAUCAAGAUGCAAGAGGCCUGUGGGAGUAAGUCAGUGUACGACGGGCCCGAACAGGAGGAGUACUCCAGCUUUGUCAUCGACGACCCGCAGGAGACCUACAAAACCCUGAAGCUGAUCGUUUCAGCCGUGCAGACUUUGGAGCAGCAGCACACCAAGUACAAACGGGACAAGUUCAAGAAGACAAAGAUCGGCAGCCAAGAGCACCCGAUUGGAGACAAGAGUUUUCAGUGCUACAUCCGCCAGCAGUCUGAGAGCUCCACCUACUCCAUCUAGCCAUGGUCCUGUAGACUGUUUCCAUGAUGCCCAGAACCAGCAUAUUUUUCACUUCUGCAAAAAAAAAUCCAUCUUAACACUGCUCUGGGUCUAGCAUUGAGUUUUAAAUCUUUAUGUUUUACUAAAGAAGAAGGUGAGAUCAUUUAUCUCAUAUUGUUAUCCGUGAAUUAAUAUUUCUCUUUUUUUUAAAUGACGUUUCCAGAAGUAGACGAUGAGCUGGAUUGGAGACACGUGUCACCUGGUGUACCAAUUUGUUCAAGUUUAAGAAAAUAAGAGGUUUAAAACCCACUGCCAGACUGAACGAGCUGUGUAGAUGGACAUUUUUUCUGCAGUACCUCGUGGUGCAUCACACCAGGUUCGGAGAAACAGACCUCAGAUCAGUAAGGACAGAAAGAGAGGAACAGGCGUGGAUAAGUCUGAAGAAGAUAAUCACACCACGAGUCUGUUUGAGUCUCCUUUCCCUGAUGUGACGAGAGAACAAACAAACGUUUUCACUGGACAGUUUUGACAGUGAGCGACACGCACUUUAAUCGUCUCCAAAUCUGUGGAUGAACAAGCCUCGCAGCACACUUUCAAAAAGCUUAUUUUAUCUGUUUGAUUUGUUUUAAAGGUUGUUUGAAAAGUUCCGUUGUAUUUCACGUCUGACAGACCAAACUCUAGAAGGAAAGGACCGUGUUUUGAACCCUCUGUGGGGUGUUUUUUUUGUUUUCGUUAUGUUUUGUCCCCAACCUCCUCAGGAAGGCUGCGAAGGUCGAGAGAACACAAGAAGGGAUUAUCAGGACCAAGCACGGCCCGAAAACAGCUUGACGUUUGCCAUGAGAAAAUCACUCCACGGGCAGUUUUAUCCCUCAUUUUUUAAAUCCUUAUCAUCAACGUGCUAACAGGUGUACAGGUUGAAGAGUUCACGUUUGGAGUCUUGUUCUGCUGUGGUUACACUGUUAGUUGUGCCCUGUGUAACCAGUACCUGGCUUAAACAAUUAGCUUGGAUAUUUAAGUUAAAGUUUUUUAUUUCUGCCUACACUGAGUCUGACAAUCUCACAGGUGUCUUUUUCUAUCUCUGUAUGCUGAUUGAAGGGUGUUAAGAAGUCUGUGAAUGUUAAGUUGCAACUUCACUUUUGAGUAAAGAUAAAUAUACUGGAUGGAAGAUUAUUUCAUCUCCGUCUUUGAUCGAAGACAUUAGAUCGUAUCAAAGUUCAAAAAGAUUUAAAACAGUGUUGUGGGCCCCUGUUAACUCCCACAGUUUGUGAAUUUGUGCCCAAGCACAACUUUAUUAAGUAAAAUGUACCAUGUAACCACAAUUUAAACUGAAAUAAUAAUGUGUUCGUAAUAUACACCCAGUGGCUCUGUAUAUUCAUAUUCCAUACAACAGCUCUGCAGCAAAUUCUGCCCUUAGAAUUUAUAUAAUGUUCCUGUUUCUGUCAGGAAUCUAUAAAUUAAACUAGAAUUGCACCGGUAAAGUGUAAAUCUCUGCCAAGGCCCAACGGUCCCCUUAUGAAACCACAUUUUAAUUGACUAGAUCCAGAUGUAUUUAUGUUUUGGAAUCUGCACUAAAUUGCACACAGUCAUAUUUUAUCACAAAAAAAAAAAAUUGGUUUGAGAAAUCAAUGCAAAUGUCCCAUCCCACAGUGUUAAAGAAAGUAAAAAACUAAAUCCUGGAUCCACCCCCUGAUCUAAAUCUGCACCAAAGUGUAAUGGAUUCAAUUUUGGGUUAUGUCCCAACCCUCCACAAAAUUUAAAGCAGAAUAAGAGAAACACCUCUGAAUAUUAACAAACUGCAACAUGAACCAGGAGCCUCUGGGCCCCUGUAGGUCUGGGGCCUUUGGGCUGUAGCCUCUUUUUCCCAACCCCUGAUUAACAUGCACACAAAUACAUGAAAUAAAAAUAAAUGAGUAACUAUUACAGAAUAUGCAUGGAGAACCUUUCCAUGUCCCUAACAUCCAGUAAACAAGAUCAGCAGUCAACAUGUCAAGCAGCAUACAGACACGAUGAAGGCACGUGUUUGUUAAACUCCGCGUAAGAGAAAAAACGAAAAACAAACGAUCCCUUCAAGUGUCACAAAGCAGAAUCUGUGUGAGUCCAGCUCAUUCGCUGUGAUGCUGGCUUCUUAGCUUCACUCCUAAUUAUUACAUGUACUAACGUUAUAACCAGUCUCCAGUUAUGCUUGUGAAAUGGAUGGUGUGUUCCUGGUUGUGUUGCCCAGUUGGCUGCCUGAUGAUGUUCUUUCUGUUCUAGUGACUUAGCUCCAUCUUACUUUUUGGAAGAAGCGGCCCCCCCUGUAGCUUGAAACCUAUUUAUGUGCAUUCCUCUGAGAAACUGCUCGCUGUGAAUCUCACCGGUCAGGAUUUUGUUGAAGGUACAGGACUUAUUGUCGUUAGCCCGGCCGUGUUGUGUUGUCCGACGCUUCCCCCCCACCCUCAAAGGCAACCGCCUCUCUCUUUUGGCUUCCAACGUUCAUCAGCACUCACUCUCUCGCCAAAACCUGUGCAUGUGAAGUAUAGUCGUAGCCACACGGGGACGGUGGCCUCCGCAGUGUGCGACCAGGUGACUACAAACCACUGAAUAGAAUUUUUGUAUUUUCCCAAAAAAAUGGUUGUGUAGCCUCACUGGGUGCUCUGGUGGUCACCAGAUCCCCCUCAAACAGUGCCAGUCAUCACUUUUCUAAAAUUAUUUUUGAAAAAAAAACGAACAAAAAAAUAUAUCAUUGUUUAGACAUGUUUUUUUUAUAUAUAUCUCAGAACCUAUAACUGUUUUCAAAACGGACAGCGGUUAUUCAGAUGACAUCUUUUUUUCUUUGUCGAAUAUGUGGAUCUUGCGAACUGGAGAGGAGAGAUUGUUCGACUCUGUUUUCUAUCUUUGUCUUGUCAUACAGGAAUCUUGCUGUGUGUGUCUGAAUUCAAUGACUGAGGUGUGUGUGGGUGUGUGUGUGUGUGUGUGUUUUGUGUAUGUGUGUGUGUGUGACUGACAAGACGGGUUGUAUUGCCAAUUGAAUGAACCCAGUGUUACAGGUCAGGAAAAGGCAGCAUCCCACUUAAAAAAAAUACAAAAAAUCACUGCCUGUACUUUUACUAAAGACUCUAUAGUCGCCCUGUGGAAGCUGUUGUUCUGCUCUGGCCUCGUAUGAAGUUUCUCCUCUUUCUCCUUGUAUAGAACCACUGAUCCUUUUCAAGACACAUUUGCCAAUUUAUUCUCCCAAAACAUGAAACACAGUAAUAGCACUGAUGAAACAUUCAGCAAAAACACUUCUGUCUCUCGUCCCCAAACUGGAAACCAUAUUUAUUAUCUUUUAGUUUUUCAGUUUCUCUUUUGCCAAACCUUCCCAGAAACAUCAGCGGAGUUGGUGGGGGGGAGGGGGUGGGGGGACUGUAACGGCAGUUACAGUAAUACAAACUCCCCCCUUCCCCCCCUGCAGCCUAUACAGGAAUGAAUUAUGCAAUCAUUGUGUUUCAGCAUGCAAUAAUAUUAACAAACACCCCCGCACCACAAAUUAACAGCGCACAUCUGCUGACCUCUCGCAGCAAAAAAAUGCCUCUUCAGAGAAACACGUGAUUAUCAUAAAGGGAGAACAGUGUAUUUUGUACAAAUAUUUUAAAAGUAUUAAAGUAAGCCUGUUAUUUGUGUACAUAAAGCAGCUGAGUGAAUGGUGAAAAUGUGAUGUGUUUGUUUUUUCCUGAAUAACUAAAUGAAACCGAUAUUAAUGCAAA